GAAGUUGUCAGUCUGCGUGUGAGCGCGUGUGUGUUUGUGUGUUUAGAUUGAACUUCACAUCACAUUAGUAGUCAUGGUCCAGCUUCACGUUAAACAUGAACAUGAGAGCCAGUUUCUGUUCAACACCACAGUGGAUGUUUCUAUUGAGACCCUCGUUCAGCAGGUCACUCAGGUCUACAAUGGCAGGCUGAAGGUGGACAGGAUUUGCUCUGAGAUUCCUGAACUUGCUGAUCAUGGCAUCACGCUUCCCCCCAACAUGCAAGGCCUCACAGAUGACCAGAUCAAAGAUCUGAAGAUAAGGGAUGAAUGGGAAGUCACGUGUGUCCCCAGUGGUGGGGCAGAAUUCAGAAAGGAUGAAAUUGGGCGCAGGAAUGGACAUGCACCCAAUGAAAAAAUGAAGAAUGUUUUGAAGAAGACUAUGGAAGAAGCCAAAGCAUUGAUCUCAAACAAACAAGUGCAGGCGAACGUGUGUGUUACCAUGGACAUGGUAAACGAGGCUCUUGAUCAGUUGCGAGGAGCAGUGAUGAUCGUUUACCCAAUGGGCCUGCCACCUCAUGAUCCCAUCAGAAUGGAAUUGGAGAAUCAGGAAGAUCUUGCAGGAACACAGGCUUCUCUACAGGUGAUCCCAGAGAAAAAUGCUCAGCUAUGGUGGGCAGGUAAAGAGUUGCAUUGGGACAAAAAGCUGCAAGAUUACAUUGGAAAAAAUGAGAAAACAAAGAUUAUCGUGAAGAUCCAGAAGAAAAGCCAGAGGGCGCCAGCACGUGAGCCUCUGAUGAGUGAGGACCAGCAGAAAGAGAUGAUGUUAUGCUCUUACAGAAGGCAGGAGGAACUCAAGAAGCUAGAAGAAGCAGAUGAUGAUUCCUAUUUACAGUCAGAGUGGUCAGACCAGCAGGCUUUAAAGAGACAAUUUCAAGGACUUGCAAAUAUCAAAUGGGGCCCAAGAUAAAUGGAUCUUAUUGACUUUGCAAUUAUUGAAACCUUUUCUGACUAUAUACCUGGAUGAAAUCUUGAAGCUUCCAUAUCCUCACUUUUUAUAUAGAUGAUGAGUUGUAAAUUGAUACUAAUUGAACACCUCUGAGCUCCCCAAGAACAUUUAUAAUAAAGGAUGCAACACCU